AUGUCGCACCCGUCUGAUAAUCUGUACUCCGCAAACGACGAGGAGGACGACAACAUAUUUGACAGACAGUCAAUCAGUGACGAGCUCAGCCCAAGCGAUGGAUACUUCAACCGUGGAGGCGGGAUGCCGUCCAAUACAAUGGUCGCGGAUCCAUCACUGGAUAGGAAGGAAAGGGUCGAGGACAAGACUUUGAUACCCACCCCAAACAUACAGCAACGCGCAGGACAAAGUUCGAGGUCAUCGAUGCACCCUUUACUAUCACGAACACCCCCAUCACAGAGUUACGCGUCCCAGCAAGCUAGCUCACAGUCUCCUCCUACUCCUACUUCAUAUACUCCCGCUUCGCCUGUCUCACCCCAUCGAAACGAAGAGAUGUUCUCAGAGAACAGUGCUUUGCUUAACGGCCCUCCUCCUGCAUAUACACCCAGUCCAGUAUCUCCUACCACGGCUAGCGAACCAGUCGAGAGAUCAUACAGUACAUUUCCAGAGCACCACUUGGAAUCUGGCAUUCCUCCUCUGCGCGAACCGGAAAGUAUGGGAGCGCCUGCAUAUGAGCCGACGGAAAAUACGCCCCUGGCAUCUAUAAAGAAAUUAACACCUACAAAGAAGCGUUGGCUCAAACAUUUUGGAUUUGCGGUGCUGGCUCUGGUCCUAUUUACCAUGUUCACCACAGCUACCUUCCGGCACGACAAAGACGCCGACAAAUUACCGCCUCCAGGCAAUGGAGGUAGUGAACCUAGUAAGGGACAGCCUGAUAACGACGAUGGACACGAAAGACCCAUCGACUCAUCUACUCCAUACUGCACUGCAGCCAAAUAUAAGGAAGAUGUUGUGACAUACGAAUUUCCUGUUGGAUCAGAUCUCACGGUGUUGCAAACCACUGAGUCUGGUGGCUCGUUGUAUGAGAGAAGUGUAAGCACUGUCGGCGAGAUCCGACUCCGUCGACUACCAAAGAAUUCAAUACAUGGAAACCGAGCUUAUUUCACUGUGGAUGUUCAAGUCAGUGACGAAAGUCUGCAAGUGGACAAAACAUGGGAUGAGGACUCGCGCGUUUUGAAAAUUGUCACUCCAAGCACCGCUCCUCUCAGGCCUGGGUUGAAUCACUGUAUCUCGCUUGAGAUCACGGCCUGGAUUCCCGAAGAUGCUCAAUUCAGCAGCCUUUUGAUCGAGGCUAUCUCACUUACCUUGAGGGUUGUAGAUGAUAUCAAAGUCAAUGUCAGUGGGCGAUCUAAGUUUACAACUAUCUCAGGUGGAGUAAGGUUCCCCGCCAUCGAUGCAACAGAUGCCAAAAGUCAAGCCGACAGUCCUGGCUGGCGUUCUUCGGACGGGUUUCCCUUCUCUUCUCGCAAAAUUUUUGUCGAAACAAUGUCGGGCAGUAUCAGAGGUAACUAUCCUCUGAUGGAUGUCCUAGGCCUGUCUUCGCAGUCAGGGAGCAUUCAUGCGGACGUGUUCCCCCAACCUGUUCUUCCUUCGGCACCCGCCCCAGCCGAUUUAGAAGUCCAGUCAUCAUCUGGUACUAUCAAGGUCAAUUGCCCUGUUGGCGGAGAUUCAGAUCCGUCGUACACUCCGCCCCCACGGAAUUACAUCACCACAGUCCACUCCACCUCGUCGUCUAUUAGUGGCUCCUACUACAUAGGCUCUUCCAACAGUUUCAAGACCACAUCAGGUACCAUUAAAAUUACGGGACUUCCAGUUCUUCGCGCUGGCGACUCACACACAGCUCCAAACAACAGUUUCGAAACGCACACCAUCAGUGGAACGACAGAUGUUGAACUCCUCGACCCAAUUUUCAUCUCCCUUCUCUCCAACCAACUUGAGAAUCAGAAACCCGUCGGCGAUGAUGAGCCUUUUCUGAUCAUCCCUCCCAAUAACAUUGGGACCCAAGCGCUUUUCGAAAUCGAUUCUCGCACCUCGGCCGACGACACUAAACUACAUACUCUAUCUUCCAUCCACUCGUCCAACUCCGCGACUAUCAAGUUGAAGUAUCCUAGUGCAUGGGAGGGGACGGUACACGGCAAGUCUGUGUCAGGGAAUAUUGUGGCAAGAGGCGAGGGUGUCAGGAUCAUCAAGUUCAGAAAUGGCCCUGGCUUCAGCGAGCUUGUGGCGAGAAAGGGUGUUGAGGAUAAGGGGCAGGGAUCCAUGGUGGAGAUGAAGGGCAUUUCUGGAAGUUUGAACUUCCUUGUGGGGAAGUAA